AUGGACUCAGCAAGCGACGCCUCAGAAAAGAAGGUUGCCCACCAUGCCAAUGUUUCGAUUCGCGACAUCGACAUUGCAGCUAGUCUUGAUUCCGAUGCUCCUUUGGACCCUCAGGCCGCGGCGCAAAUCAGGCGGAAAAUCGAUUGGCAUCUCAUGCCUCUCAUGUGUAUCAUGUACCUCAUGACAUUCGCCGAUAAGACUACUUUAGGACAAUCGGCAGUACUUGGAAUCAUUCCAGGUGCACAUUUGACGCAAAAUCAAUUCAAUUGGUUAGGUACAAUAUUUUAUCUCAGUUAUCUGGUGUUCCAGUACCCUCAAAAUCUUGCUCUCCAAAAAUUUCCAGUUGCGAAAUGGAUGAGUAUCAACAUUUUCGUAUGGGCUGUUGCUCUUCUUGCCCAUUCAGCAUGUAAAUCAUUUGGAGCGCUGUUUGCUGUCAGGUUUAUUCUUGGGAUGUGCGAAGGUGCAAUCACCCCUGGAUUCAUGAUUGUGACAUCAAUGUUCUACACGCGCGCAGAGCAAAAUAAACGUGUCGGUUAUUGGUUUCUGAUGAAUGGCUUUGCUAUCAUUUUCCUUGGCUUCAUUAGUUUUGGAGUUUUGCACACCAAGGUUCACAGGUUCAUGCCGUGGCAAUGGUUGAUGGUCAUCACUGGUGUUAUUACUUUAGUCACUUCUGUGUUGUUUUGGUUUUAUUUCCCCGACUCACCAACAACAGCCUACUUCUUGACCCCAGAGGAGCGUACGCAAGCUGUGCAACGUAUCAGAAGUAACCAGGCCGGUGUCGAGAAUAAGCAAUGGAAACGCGACCAAUUCAUCGAAACUCUGUUAGAUCCCAAAAUCUGGGUAAUGGCCGCGUUCACAGCAUUUGCGUACGUUGGAAAUUUACUGACCAACCAAAGGCAGCUAAUUAUCAACGAAUUCGGGUUCUCACCCAUCAAAACAACUCUACUGGGUUGUGUUGACGGAGUUGUUGAGAUCGUUACCAUAUGGCUUGGGGUUACUCUGGCGUCUCGACGCUCUAUUGGUCGAGGCUAUGCGGCUGCUCUCAUGUUCGGACCGGCAUUGCUUGGGACCAUUUUAGUAAACAAGUUACCUUCGCACGACAAGGUCGGCUUGUUGUUCUCGUAUUGGGUAUCAAUCUUCGUAUUUACACCCUUCGCAAUCCUUCUUGGAUGGGUGAAUUCCAUCGUCUCCGGACAUACGAAACGUACUACAACAAACGCUAUUGUUCUGUCUGCGUACGCUAUUGCGAAUGCAGCAGGACCGUUCAUGUGGAAAAAGAAGUACUCGCCACGGAACCACGUUCCUUGGUCCAUCAUAUCGGCGUGCAUCGGGGUAUCUUUUGUAUUGAUUUUAACCCUCCGUUUCAUGCUUUAUUCGGAAAAUAAACGACGGGAUGCAGAAAAACGAGACGAAUCUUAUGACAACAUAUACUUGACUCAAGAACUUGCCGACGGAACUCAAACAGAGAAAAGAGUCGACAGGGCAUUCCUUGAUUUAACCGAUUUACAGAACAGAGACUUCCGUUAUGAUUUAUGA